CGCGCGCUUCCCCCGCAGAACGCGAACGCGCACACAAGCCCCCCGACACACAAACAGACGCACACGCGCACGCGCGCGCCCAGUUUUCCGCUCACACGCUGGUUUUCACGUCUGUCGAAAGGCGCGAUGUGGAUUCAGGUCCGGACGAUCGACGGGAAGGAGACUCGAACCAUCGAUGAUCUGUCGCGGCUCACGAAGAUCGAGUCCCUGCGCGUGAAGAUCAAAGAGAUCUUUAAUGUGAAGCCCGAGCAGCAGAGACUCUUCUACAGAGGAAAACAGAUGGAAGAUGGUCAGACGCUGUUCGAUUACAACGUCGGGCUUAAUGACAUCGUCCAGCUUCUCAUUCGCUCACAGACUGACGCUCCUGACAGCCCCGUCCUUAACAACGGUGAGGGUGUGAUCUGCAUAACAGCCCCGCCCACCACAGCAUCUGUCCCACCCCCAACCACACCUACCACAACAAUCGUUUCUCCAGCAACAGUUUCUCCAGAAACGGUUUCCAAUAGCAACGGAGACGGGUCCAAAACAUGUAGUCCGGCAUCAGACAGCCAACCAUCCACAUCCAGCCGUACCCCUCUCAUCGAUCCUGGGAUUGGACGGUACAAAGUUAAUGAGUUAGUCGACUGCAGGGACGUCAGUAUUGGCGCCUGGUUCGAGGGCGUCAUCGAAAAAGUUUCUCCUGCCUCUAAAGGACAAAAUGGCAAAGCCGAAACGUCGCCACCUGCUGCCAGGGUGGGCAGACCCAGAAAACAGACUAAUGGAAAGCUGGGUUCUGAGGAAACUACGGACAGUAAUGGCACAUCAGAGAAACAAAUAAACUCAGACAACAGCGAACCAUCAACAUCAAAAACAGUUUCAACAGACGCCUGUGAGGACGCCGUAUACCACAUUAAAUAUGAAGAUUAUCCAGAGAACGGUGUGGUGGCGAUGACUCUGAAUGACGUCCGGCCGCGGGCCAGAACUCUGUUGAAGUUUGAUCAGCUGAAGGUCGGUGAUGUUGUGAUGGUGAAUUAUAACCUGGAGCUGCCGGAGGAGAGAGGAUUCUGGUACGACGCUGAGAUCACAUCACUGAAUGACAUCUCACGCACCAAUAAAGAGAUCCACAUGAAGAUCUUAUUGGGAGGCCCUGGAGAUGUGAUUGGUGACUGUAAGCUGACAUUUCUUGAUGAGAUUUACAAGAUAGAAAAACCAGGAGCACCAGCGCUAUCUGCUGCAGAUGGACCCUUCAAACGUAAGAGCGGUCCGGAGUGUAAACACUGUAAGGCAGAUCCAGAUGUUGAGUGUCGCUUCUGUUCAUGUUGUGUUUGUGGAGGCAAACAAGACGCUCACAUGCAGUUAUUGUGUGACGAGUGUAACAUGGCCUUUCACAUUUACUGUCUGAAUCCACCGCUGUCUGCUAUACCAGAGGACGAGGACUGGUAUUGUCCCACCUGUAAGAACGACAGCAGUGAGGUUGUACAAGCCGGUGAGAAACUCAAAACCAGUAAGAAAAAAGCCAAGAUGCCGUCAGCCACUACAGAGAGCCACAGAGACUGGGGCAAGGGAAUGGCUUGUGUGGGCCGUACUAAAGAAUGCACAAUCGUCCCCUCCAAUCAUUAUGGUCCGGUCCCUGGUGUUCCUGUCGGAACGACGUGGAAGUUUCGUGUUCAGGUGAGUGAGGCGGGCGUUCACAGGCCUCACGUGGGUGGAAUACACGGUCGCAGUAAUGACGGCUCGUACUCGCUGGUGCUCGCUGGAGGAUUUGAGGAUGAAGUUGACCGGGGCGAUGAGUUCACCUACACGGGUAGUGGAGGUCGAGACCUGUCGGGUAACAAGCGAAUCGGAGAGCAUUCAUUUGAUCAGACUCUCACACACAUGAACAGGGCUCUUGCGCUGAACUGUGACGCACCCCUGAAUGAUAAAAAUGGGGCGGAGUCUCGUAACUGGCGGGCAGGUAAACCGGUGAGAGUUAUCCGCAGCUCGAAAGGCCGACGCAUCAGCAAGUAUGCACCUGAAGAGGGCAACCGAUACGAUGGCAUUUAUAAGGUGGUGAAGUAUUGGCCUGAGAUUGGUAAGUGUGGAUUUCUGGUGUGGAGGUAUCUGCUGAGACGAGAUGAUGUUGAACCAGCACCCUGGACUCCUGAAGGAAUAGAACGAAGCAAAAAACUGGGCCUAAAAGUCCAGUAUCCUCCUGGGUAUCAAGAAGCGAUGGCCAAUAAGACAAAGAAAGAAGCGAGUGCCCGAGGAGGUGGCGGAUCUACGCGGGGCAGGAAAAGAGGUCGACCGAGAUCCACACGAGGACAAAGGAACGCUCGAGAGAAAGAGGAGAAGCCGGCGGUGAACGUGGAGGAAGAAGAUCAUCAUCAGAGUAACAGCAGUCCAGACAGAGCCGAGGAAAACCUCACAGGUGUGUGUGAGGAGCAGGAGGAGCCACAGGUGAAGCGCUCAAAGGAUGUGGAAGCGUUUGUUCUGUCAGAGGAACAGCGGAGUCUCAUACAAGAAGAUGAACCCAACAGGAAACUCUGGGAUGAAGCUCUGAGCUUCCUCGUGGAGGGACCGAACUUCCUGCGUAAGGUGGAGCAGAUGUUCAUGUGCGUCUGCUGUCAGGAGUUAUCCUACCAGCCAAUCACCACUGAGUGCUCACACAACGUCUGCAAGACCUGUCUGCAGAGGUCGUUUCGAGCCGAAGUGUUCACCUGCCCCGCCUGCCGCCACGACCUGGGCAAAGAUUAUCCCAUGACCCUCAAUAAAAACCUACAGCUGCUCCUGGAUCAGUUUUUCCCUGGUUACAGUAAAGGACGAUGAGUUUAAGAGUGAAUAUGGACAUGAAUCUGCUCUACGCACAGCAGCGAUGCUUUCACACGCACUUCAUCUCAAACGCCAGCCUGACGUUUGUAUUCAACUAACCAUGACACAAUCCUGUCCGAAAACAUUAGUUUACUGGAUUACCACGUAGCAAAUUCUGCCUUAAAAAUGGUAAAAUAGAAGUUAACAUGAGUUUAGUUAACAGAAUCUGCCAAAUGGAUAAAGAAUGAAACUAGAAUCUGGCUCGUUUUUCAGCCCAAAAUGAAAAUAUAUUUUGAUUCAGAGCAUCUUACCUCACAUUAUCAUUACCAUUAAUGUGUCUGCAGAUUUUAUUUGAUGUUUUAUUUGUUAUUACUGUAUUAGAGUAUUUCAUCUGUUACAGUAUGAAAAUACUGUAAUAUCAGAUGUAACUAAAUUAAAAUCUACUAGUAAAGCUAGUACAACAAAUACUGCAAUGUGUAAAUACUUUAAUAUGUUUUAAUUGUUAAUAUGCAUAAAUGCAAUUGAAAUAAUAUAUUGAAUUUGCAUUACAGUAAUGACAAUGUGAAGGUAAAAUGUGGUUAAAUGUAAAGUUUCAUUGUCACACAUGUUCUAGAGAGGUAAACUCAAUAAUAAUGGGCGGUCAGAUGAUGUUUUUUUAAUUGUUCUGCAUUUUGAUUUGCUGGUUUAAUGAGAACCCUUAAACCUACAGGACAGAUGAGAUGAAGUGAAAUCACUCCAGAUCUUCCUGUUAAUGUACAAGUUUCCACUGAUGUGGAAUGGGAUCAAUCACAGUAGAACUGGACCCUGUUCAUUAUGGGAUAGAGCACACGUGUCACUUCCUGUUCAACCCCUUCGGUCGUCUGUUGCUCGGCUCGUUCGUCUUAUUUUGUGGUGAUGUCUUUUUUCUUGCAAAUGUAAAGCGUUUAAUGAUUAUACCGCAAUCUGUGAAGUGUGUCGCUCUCUGUUUUUCUUCCGUUUAGUUUCUCUGUGAUUUUUGGCUGUUCUCUCUCUCUUCUGCGUUUUCUCAAUCUCUCGCUCUACUCAUCUGCUUUGACUUCAAUGUUGGUGUGUUAGGGUUUUAUUGCACUUACUAAAGACCACAAGAGAUAUUUUGUAAGCAGGAGACUGUCGAUGGUUAAACCUGAUGAUGGUGUGUUUGCUGAUGGAGGUUGUUGAUUUAUUUUCCUCUUAUUAUUUCGUUUCUGCUCUUCCAUCGUUCAGCUUUUUAAAUGUGGCAAAUUUGACCUGCUGUCCUAGCAGAAACAAUGCUUUGAAUUGUGAUUCCAAAUUUUAUACAUGGUAUAAUACUUGUUAUGUACUUAUUAAAUAUUUUGAUUCCAGAAACAA